AUGGGCAGUCUCUGCGGCAAACCGUCCCCCACCGGCACCCCCGCGCGCAACUCGCUGCUCCCCACGUUCGCCAGCGGUUAUGGAGAGCUAGACAAUGGGGAGCAGCCGGCGCCGCCGAAUGCGAGGGUUGCGGCCGCGGCGGCGGCGGAGAAACGAAAUACGAGUACGGCGCAGAAGGGCAAGCGGGGGCAGCAGAAGAGAAAGACACCGGGGGAGGUAGUGAAGGAGGGUGGAGAGGUGAAGGUGGAGGUGGAGGGGAAGGAGGGGAAGAAGGUGUGGGAUUAG